CCGACUCCUCAGUCGCAACUUGCUAGCUCUCGAACCCUGAGCGUCGCUCUGUAACGCUGACUACUGACUAUCGAAAAGGAAUUUCUAUGUACUGUGAUGUUAGUAAACAAUAAGUGUAUAAAUAAAAAACGCGUCGUGAAUCCCCCGACAGUCUUGUUGUGAAUUUAAAUGGACAAUCAUGUCUCUUCCGGGAGUUUUCCUUUUUUCGCAUUACGUGGAAAGCUUUUGGAGUACACCACCACCCCUCGUAGAUUGGUCAGGCGUGCCAACGUUGGUGCUAGCUUUAGUUGCACUUGUAAUGGCCGCAACAGCUUUGUUGACGCGGUCAGUAGAAGGGAAGAGACCAUGUCGGCUUCCUGGGCCAGCAGCUCUGCCCCUUCUAGGGACCAGGUGGUUAUUCUGGAGCCGAUACAAGAUGAAUAAGCUUCAUGAAGCAUAUGAAGAUAUGUUCAGGCGUUACGGGCCGGUGUUCGCUGAGACGACGCCGGGCGGUGCAAUGGUUGUGUCCAUCGCUGAAAGGACAGCGUUGGAAGCGGUACUACGGACACCAGCUAAAAGACCAUACCGGCCACCCACUGAAAUCGUUCAAGUAUACAGAAGAAGUAGACCGGAUCGCUACGCUUCCACUGGACUUGUAAAUGAGCAGGGAGAAAAGUGGCACCACCUUAGGCGUCAUUUGACCUCAGAGCUGACGAGUCCGCACACCAUUCAGGGUUUCAUUCCUGAGUUGAACAGCAUCUGUGAUGACUUCCUCAACUUGUUGAAGAAUUGUCGACGGCCCGAUGGUAUCGUUCAUGGAUUCGAUCAGCUUACCAAUCGCAUGGGAUUAGAAUCUGUUUGUGGUUUGAUGCUGGGUACGAGACUUGGGUUUCUCGAGAGGUGGAUGUCAGGUCGAGCGGCGGCUCUGGCGGCAGCAGUGAAGGCGCACUUCAGAGCACAGCGAGACUCCUACUAUGGCGCACCGUUAUGGAAGUUCGCACCAACAUCACUCUACAAAACAUUCGUUAGAAGUGAGGAGACGAUACAUAUGAUAGUAUCAGAACUAAUGGAGGAAGCGAAGUCUAGGACACGCGGCGCGGCGCAAGACGAUGGCAUGCAAGAGAUCUUCCUCAAGAUAUUGGGCAACCCUGAGCUAGACAUGCGCGAUAAGAAAGCAGCCGUUAUUGACUUUAUCACCGCUGGCAUUGAGACGUUGGCGAAUAGCUUGGUCUUUUUGCUAUACUUAUUAAGCGGAAGGGCGGACUGGCAGCAAAGGAUCCGAUCAGAACUACCCGCUUGUGGUGAUCUACGCGUUGAAGAGUUAGCGGCUGCACCAUCUGUUCGUGCGGCGGUGAAUGAGGCGUUUCGACUCUUACCUACUGCACCGUUUCUUGCUAGGCUGCUAGACGCACCUAUGACAAUUGGAGGUCAUAGACUGCCUGCUGGGACGUUUGUGUUGGCACACACGGGUGCAGCGUGUCGUCGAGAGGAGAACUUUUGGCGCGCAAGCGAGUACCUCCCCGAGCGUUGGAUAGAAGUUCGCGAGCCGCACGCUCCUGGUAUUGUCGCGCCGUUCGGUCGAGGACGCCGGAUGUGCCCUGGCAAGCGUUUUGUAGAGCUCGAGUUGCAUUUGAUACUGGCUAAGAUAAUACAACACUGGCGAGUGGAAUUUGACGGGGAAUUAGACAUACAGUUCGACUUCCUCUUAUCACCAAAGUCUCCAGUAUCGUUGCGGCUAGUUGAGUGGUAAAGCAAGUAGCUUACUUGCCUCAUGCUUAGAGUUACCAGUUGUUUUAUAAUCUUGAAAUAGUCACUUCUUAAAUAAUUAAUUUUAAAAUUAAUAUACAUUGUAGCUAACGUGCUUCGUAUACAAAUAAAAACUUCGAUAAAGGUGCUUUUUAUAAAACUAGCGAUCAACAUUCUAUUUUAGAAAUUACUUCACAUCAUAUUUCUAUGAGAUCAAUCUUUUAAUUUUUCACCUGGUAACACUAAACAUGCAACUGUCUCUACCACUUAUUUGUGCUCUAAACGUGCUCAUUGUACUGAUUAUUUUGUAGUGAUAUAAAUUGCUCCUAUGUUGUGUUGUUUUAAGUUAAUAGUAUUGUAAGAAUAUUUGAUAUUUUGUAUGAAGGUAGAGCAAGAAUUUCGAAUUUAUUUGCAAACUAAUUCGUGGUGUGGAAUAAUAAAAUUGAAAAUCAUUCCUAGUUUGAUAUUAUAUGAAAAAUGGUUUGAAAUUAAGUAAGUGCUUUUUUAAUGUAUAUGUUAUUGAUUACUAUUAUUAAUAUAUAAUAAGCUGUUUUUAUAAAGGGUUGCCAUGACUGAAAUUCAACAGGAUGAAAAUGUUUUACAGGGUAUUGGCACAGUCUGCUCAAAUUGUACAAUUCUUUCAAAUUUUGAAAGAACUGUUCGCGAACGCACUAUUAAAUAGUUAAGUAUUUUAUAUUUACAUUGUAUGCUAGGCUUAGUUUAUAACUAUACAACGUAGUAAAAUAUGGCUGUGUUAAUAUCAAAAAGCAUAUUUAUAUAAUUAUUAUCAACCAUAAAUACCUCCUUUAUUAAAUACUGCACGCUGCAAGCAGACGACACUGACUCCGCAGAUAA